AUGGAAGGUUCAUUUACAAUCAAUUUCAGACUGGAAUUUCAUAUUAAGUCUUUUAGAAUAAAUAAACCAAACGGUGAAGGAAGUUUUAAAUGGGAGAAUGGAGAACAGUAUAUAGGUUAAUGGUCGAAUGCUUAGAAGCAUGGCUUUGGUUAAUGGAUAGGAACACAAGAUGAUUAUUAUAUUGGUUAAUGGGUGAAUGGACAGUAAGAUGGAUUAGGAGAACACAAAUGGAAUGGAGAUGUUUAUCUUGGUCAAUGGAAAAAUUCAGUUAAAAAUGGAUAUGGAGUGGAGCAAUUUCAAAAUGGUGAUAAAUAUAUUGGAAAUUAUUAUUUUGGUAAACCAUAGGGACAAGGUGAAUAUAGAUGGGUUGAUGGAUCCAUCUAUUCAGGACAGUUUUAGGAGGGUAUGAGACACGGAUAUGGGAGGUAUAUUAAUAAAAACGGCAUCAUUUACGAAGGAGAAUAUUAAAAAGAUUUAAAGCAUGGCAUUGGCAAAUUAAUAUAAAAUGAUGGGAGUUCAUAUUCAGGCUCCUUUGUCCAGGACCAUCGAGAUCUACCAGAAGUUGACUAUUAAAAGAGCGAUAAAAUCGUUCAUGCUACUCAUUAAAGAAAUUAAUCCCCUUUUAUUAGUCCCCAUACUUUAGAGAAACCAAAGCAAGAGUUUACUUAAAGAGACAAUAAAACUAUCAAUUUAUAGAAUUAGCAAUCUCAAUUAAAUUAAACUUAUUUAAACACUUACCAAGACCCAAAUUUAUAGUUUUUUCAUAAUAAAUUACAAAACUUAUAAUUACCUGAAAUUUCCAAAAAAAAAGUUUAAGUUCCAAAUAAAUCCGCACGAACACACUCUAUGAAUUAGAAAAGGAUUUCGUAAUUGAAUGAACUUAAAUAAAAUCAAAAGUCUGCUUCAAUUGAUCUUAAAGAUAUAUAUAUUGGAGAUGCAUAUAGAACUAUCAAAAAGAAAUAAAAGAAUUACAAGGAUAGAAGCUAUUUAGACUUAAUAAAUAAUAAUAAGAAAUCUAUUAAGAAUGUAUUUGUAUAUUGA